AUGAAAUCAAAUAAAAAAUUUCACAGUUCAUGGGUAACUCAUGCUAUUCUCCUUCUUUCGCUCUUUACUCUUCUCUUCUAUAUAACUCUUGUGAUCCCCCAAGCCCCUGAUACCUCGGGUUGUCCAGUAGAAAAAUGUCCUUACUAUGAAAAAUUUAAAGCCGGCGAAGUGUCUGGUAUCGAUUGGUCCUCUUCAAAAUGUCCAUUGGCCGGUAAAUGCCCUUACUAUGAAGAACUAAAGAAACGCGCGUUAACCGAUGGUGGUAAACUUGACCUCUCAAGUGAUAAUAAUAAUGAUACCGGUUGUCCAUAUGUUAAAAAAUGUCCCCAUUUCAAAACUAAAGAUGGUAAGGUUGAUUGCGGUGAAGAUUGCUUAAAAGAGUAUUAUAAGGCACAUGGACAUGGUGAAGGAAAAGGUGAUUUAUCGAAGUGUCCAUAUUUGAGUAAAAUGGGAAAGGAUGAUCAAGAUAUUAAGUGUCCAUAUUUGGAAAAAUUGAAGGAUACAGAGGAAACUAUUAAUAGAGAAGAAUUAUAA